CCCACUCGUACAUUCCGAUUCUUCCUAAUUACUCUUUUUAUCUUUGCAUCAAAACAAAAUUGAACUCGCCCAAUUUCCUUUUUUUUUUUUAAGAAAAUAAUUCCACAGGAAAUUGUAGUGGCUGAGAUUUCUCCUUACUCCUCCCCAAACUGUUGUUUCUGGUGUUUUAGGUCUCACCAGAAACGAGCCAGCUUUCAUCUUCAGCUUUAUUUCUUCACUCUCUUCUAAAUAUUUUAUCCAUUAAAAAAACUGUUUUCAGAUGUCGAUUCCGAUCUCUUCAUUGCCGGAAAAUAUGAUUUCGCUAACAGGUCCUUGUUGAACUCUUUCUCUCAUGCGUGAUCGUUGCUUCCAGAAUUAUCGUCUUCCAUGGCUAUCUCUCAAGGUUUUGGCGUCUACGGGUUCGUUUUGGUGAGGAUUCUGAGUAAAGGAAUUUUCUUUUAAUCUUUGGGAGAAGCCGUUUCUUCUCUUUGUUACGGUGGAUGUCCUUUAUUUAUUUGUUUGUUAUUUUCCAGAGAUUUAACUUUAGUUCAAAGUUUACUAUGUGAUUAUAAAUAAAGUAGUUCAGUCUGUUUAUUAAUUAUUAUGAUUAUGAAUGAUGAGGAAGUAAAAUUAAUUGGAAUGAAAAAAAAAACCAGAGACGGAUAUCUAUCGAUUGUUGUUGGCUUUUGUGUUUUGCAGCAGUAAAUAGCUAUCAUCAGGUUUUUUGGAGUUCAAAAUCGGCAUUGCUAUUUAUAGUUUUGGAUGUCGAAAUAAAUGAAAGGAGUUUCGCGAUUUACCCGUUGCUCGUUACAGAGGAUUUGAAGCAGCGGUAGAGCUCCCAGGUCCUGUAAAUGGACGCAUACUCCUCCGGAGAAGAACUUUUAAUUAAGACUAGGAAGCCUUAUACUAUUACAAAACAACGUGAACGAUGGACUGAGGAGGAGCAUAAUAGGUUCCUAGAGGCCUUGAAGCUCUAUGGACGAGCUUGGCAACGCAUUGAAGAACACAUAGGAACUAAGACUGCUGUCCAGAUCAGGAGUCAUGCUCAAAAAUUCUUCUCUAAGCUGGAGAAGGAAGCACUUACUAAGGGCAUUCCAACUGGUCAAGCUCUUGAUAUAGAAAUUCCACCUCCACGUCCUAAAAGAAAACCGAGAAACCCUUACCCUCGGAAAAUGAGUGCUGCUACCUCUGUGCAGAUGGGAGCAAAGGAUGGAAAAUCUGAAACUCCAGUAUCUUCUUUGCAUUGCAAACAGGCUUUCAACUUGGAGAAAGAACCACUCCCAGAGAGAUCUAGCAGAGAUGAAAAAUCUUCAAAUCUGAAAGAAAUUCUAGAUGAUAAUUGCUCUGAGGUUUUUACCCUUCUCCAUGAAGCAAACUGCUCCUCCAUGUCUUCUGUGAACAAGAAUUUUAUACCAACAUCAACAGUGCUUAGAAAUUCUUGCCCUCUUAGGGAGUUUGUACCUUCAGUAAAGGAGACAAUUAAUAAAGAUACAAGUAAGCCUUCAAACUUGGAGAAUUCUUGCACUUCAUAUGAGAAACCAGCUCAAGUUCAGAGAAAAGAUGAUAUGGACGGUGCUAUAUGUACAGAUGAGAUGCAAGCCACUCAUAAUAAUCCUCAACAUGUUGCUGUGCAUGUCCUCGAUGGAAGCCCAGGAACAUGUGCUCCAAAUCCUUCCAUGGAUAUAACUUUUCAGGAUUCUAUAUUUCACCCUAUGGGUGAUAUUCAUGGACAAGUUAACCUGUUUGCAAAUCCAGCGGCAUCUGCUACCACUGCACAUCAGAAUAAUGCACCAAGAUCAACUCAUCAGGCGUUUCCAACGUUUCAUACUCCCUUUAUGCAUCUUCAGCCCAAUCAAGAGGACUACCGAUCAUUUCUACACGUCUCUUCCGCUUUUUCAAGUCUCGUUGUAUCUACUUUAUUACAGAAUCCAGCUGCUCAUGCUGCAGCAAGCUUUGCAGCUACAUUUUGGCCAUAUGCAAAUGUUCAAAAUUCUGAUGAUUCUCCUGCUUGUGACCAGGAAGGUUUUCCUUCUAGACAAAUGAACUCUGCUACAGGUAUGGCUGCAAUUGCAGCUGCCACUGCUUGGUGGGCUGCGCAUGGACUGCUUUCCGUAUGUGCUCCUCUGCAGACUGGCUGUACUUGUGCUCCUGCAUCCACUGCUACAGUAACUCCUAUGGAGAAUGGUGAAGCUCCGGCUGCAAAGAUGGAAAGAAAAAUGUAUGCUGGUCAAGAUCCAUCUAUGCAGGAUCAACGGUUGGACCCUCAAUAUGCUGAAGCUAUGCAAUGUCAACGAUCAGCAUCUAAAUCACCUACAUCAUCAUCAGACCGUGAAGAGAGUGGUGAGGCAAAAGCAAAUACUGAAGUGAAAGCAACUGCAGUAACUGAGCCUCAAGAUCCAAAUAAAACAAAGAAUGGAAAACAAGUUGACCGAUCUUCAUGUGGUUCCAAUACACCUUCUUCUAGCGACGUGGAGAUGGAUGUAUUAGAAAAGAACAAGGAAGACAAGGAACAAAAGGAAGAUUCGAAGGCAGCUGAUGCAAAUCAUCCACAAGUUGAAUGUAGCAAUCGCCGUGGCAGAAGCAGUACCAACCUGAGUGAUUCUUGGAAGGAGGUAUCUGAAGGGGGCCGACUGGCUUUUCAAGCUCUCUUCUCCAGAGAAGUACUACCACAAAGCUUUUCUCCUCCUCAUGACAGAGAGAAUACGGAGAAGCAAAAGGGAAGUGUAGGUGCAGAUGAGCAAAAUCCAGAUCAGAAUAAUGGAGAGACAUCAGUUUUACACUUCUCCAGCGAGGCAUGCCGAUCUUGUUCUGAUAAUCAAGGAGUCGAGAAAAAAGCGUUGUCAAAAGCUAAGAACAUUGUGGACGAGAGCUUGCUGACGAUUGGGCUAGGACAUGAAAAGCUUAAGGCCCGUCAAACAGGAUUUAAACCUUACAAAAGGUGUUCUGUGGAGGCCAAGGAAAGCAGAGUGAUGAACACAGGCAGUCAAGGUGAAGAGAAAGAUCCCAAGAGGAUACGCUUGGAAGGGGAAGCACUGACUUGAAUUACACUAUUGCAUCCAAUCAACAAAGGAAAAUUCUGUUUGCUGCUUGUGAUCUCUAAUUUUCCCCGUGUCUGAUUUACUAUCAUGUUUAAAUUUAAGACUUGCAGCUCACUAGACCUUAUGUCAAAGUGUGUGUACUAUAUGUCUAUAUUGGCUUAAUCACUUUCCUGGACAAUGCAGUUGUAGUUAAAAACUCCUUUGAAAUAGACUUAGAUAAGAAGCUUUAAGUAUUGAAUGGCCCUUGCUUUGGGUUCUUUUCAGCA